CAGCAUACAGCUCUUUCUCUUGCCGCUAAUCAAUCCCAAUCCUUCGCCACCCUCCGUCUAAGCGUAAUCUUACUCCUCAAUCAUGCGUACUGCCGCCUCGUUCCUUGCCAUUGCCUCUGCUACCGCCUUUGCCCAGGAGAUCGGUGCCACCGACGGCCCCAGCAUCGUCUCGGGCUCCAACGCCAUCUCAGCUCCAAACGUCAACAACGGCUGGCAGGCCGAGGGCUCCUUCUUCUCGGGUGCCGAUGGCGGCCACGGCAGUCUGUUCAACAACAUCGUCGGCAGCUCGUUCUCAACCGUGAACAGCAACAGCCUGUCCAAAGGUAACAUCAUCAACAACCCAUCGUUCACCUCGGUUUCCGGCAACGACGGGUGGACCGCCAACGGCGAUUCCAACCAGCUCGGCCCCGUCGGGAACUUCUUCGGCCAUGGAUUUGUCCGCCGCAGCGGCGACGUCGUCUUUGCCAGCAACCACCACCAGCUGAACCGUGCUCCAGGCUUUGUCCACCCUGCCUUUGUCCACCCAGCCAUCGUUGGUGCGGUGUACAGGCGCAGCAACGACGUCGUGUUCGCCAACAACCAUCACCAGGCUACCGUUGCUCCAGGAGUUGCCGCUCUGGGAGUUGCCGCUCCGGGACUUGCUGUUCCUCAGUUUGUCCAGCCGGUUUUUGGGACUGCUGCCCCGCAGUUCAUCCAGCCUGUGGUCCAGCCAGCUUUUCAGCCUGUGGUCCAGCCGGCUUUCCAGGCUGCCCCAGUCGUUGCUGCCGAGCAGAACGGCCAGAAGGCAACCGUCAUCCAGAACCAGGCGUAG